CAGCUCUAUAGCAGCAGUGCAGGCCGAGGCAACCUAUCCUUCCUGAAAAAAAAACACUGGAAUAACUUGGAAACCUAAAACAUUAAGAUGGAAAUGUACCACGCUGGAUAUUUCAUGGAGGACUUCAGAACACAGGAGGUCCCUGCUGGUUUUGACUUCAGUUCAUAUGACUUCAGUGGUGAAGACCUCUCCUUUUUGUUAGACAGCAAAGGAUCUAGCCAGCAGCAGUACACAGAAAGCUAUGGAGAACCUCCAAAGGACAGUCAACACAGUUCUAAAGGUAACCCAAGUGACAGUGGCUUGUUUAAUUUGGAUGCAUACCAAGAGUUUAACUCUUGGGUAUCUUAUAGCAGUGCUCCAGAGGUGAUGACCUCAGAGCGGACUCCGGUGGGAUUUCAGGAGUCUACCCAGACGUAUCAGAAUCUUGUUCCCCUGUGCACCCCUGCCCAGGCUGGACAGUUCAGUGUAGGCAUGGACUCUGCCAGCCAGUACCACCCAAGAAAACUGUCUGAUCACAGAAGCACAUCUGGAACAGUCAGUCUAGACCAUCUGGGUGAUGCUGAGAGACCCUAUGUCUUAUAUGAGACUGAGGCUCAAGGCAGGCCCUCCACCUACUGGUCAGACUACUCCUCACCUACUUACUGCAGCCCCCUGCUGGGCCAACCCCCAUCAUGUACCUCACCCUCCGUCUCAAAAUCUUCUGAGCAAUACUGCCCUCGCGUGGCCAAAAGAAGAAGCGCACCCUCUCAGAGAUCUGAGAGAGAUGGAGAAGUGACCGGCAUGUCCGCUUAUCCAGGAUCCGGACCUAUUCAGUUGUGGCAGUUCUUGCUUGAGCUUCUUCUGGACUCUGCCUGUCACACCUUCAUCAGCUGGACAGGAGAUGGCUGGGAGUUCAAGAUGUCUGAUCCAGCAGAGGUGGCCAAAAGAUGGGGACAGUGCAAAAACAAACCCAAAAUGAACUACGAGAAGCUGAGCCGGGGCUUACGUUACUACUACCACAAAAACAUCAUCCACAAAACGGCAGGAAAACGCUACGUCUACCGUUUCGUCUGCGACGUGCAAGGCAUGCUGGGAAAAACGGCGCGGGAAGUCUUGGCCAGCCUGAAUAUCUCCCCCUCCUGUCCCAGCUCAUCGCCCCAGCCGUCAGCAGUGGCCGUCACGAAACCAGAGGAGAUACCAGAGACCUGGGCCCAUUAGAAGAGCCUCUUUUAUGAGAGCACAAGGCAUCAAAGGGCAGCUGGCACUUCUUCCUUUCCACAUUUUGUUCAUUCAUCUCAUUUCUUCCCCUUCAAGCUGCCACAGAUACCUACCCCUAAAGAAUACAGACUUUCGAGUGACUUUAAAUUGAGCUAAUCACGUCUGAGCGUCACUGUUAUGAUUUAAAUGUGACUUUGUUUUUCAUUUGUAAGCAGCUCCCUUUUUAAUCUGAAGAAGGAUCAGUGGGUGAUGUAUGCUACGUUAAGUUUGUUUUGAGGCGCAAAAUCGGUUUUCCCCGUCAGGAAAAUCAAAAUCAGGAAAUGUAAACUGCUUAUCAUGAGCGUUUUGAAAAGCACUGACUAUCAGUCAUGUAUAUAAAAACUACAAGACAAUCCAUCAACACUACAAAACAUUAUUCAGGUGCUGAAAUUCAGGUUGGGCUAAUUAAUGAUGUACACCUCGGCUACCUCUUUUGAUACUGAUAUUUCAAAUGUAUUAGCAAAUGGAAUGAUGUUUCUUUUUUUUUUGUAAAUAAAUUGUACAUAGAUGGA